AUGAUAACAACGAUGACGUCAUUCAUACUGUUGAAGACAAACUCUUUUUUGUUGAGAAUGAACAGAGAGGAUAAUGUCAACUGGUUUCAUGGUAAAAUAUCACGAGACACUGCUGAGAAGCUACUGAAAGAAGAGGGUGAAGAUGGAGUGUUUUUGGUACGUGAAAGCAACACUUCCCAUGGUGAUUACGUGCUCUCAGUUCUGCACCAGGGUGAAGUGGUACAUUAUCAGAUAAGAAGACAUGGAGAAGAUGCCUUUUUCUCCAUAGAAGAGCACACAACAGUUCACGGAUUGGAUACACUUAUACAGCACUAUCGUGGCGAUUCGAAUGGACUAGUGACGAGGCUAUCAGUUGUGUGUAAGGGGCAACCACCACCUCAUGAAUCACGUACCCAAGGCACUACUAAUCUUUUGCAUCGUGCCACAGAAGCUGGAGAUUACAACAUAGUCUCACAAAUGCUAGCCUGUGGUUACCGUAGUCGAGAUGCAAAAAACCAAGAUGGUCAGACAGCAGUACACAUUGCGGCUAGAGCUGGUCGAGACAAUAUACUCGCGAAGUUGAUUGAGAGUGGUGCUACAGUCAAUGUGAGGGAUUCGUUCGGUUAUACGCCUUUGCACUACACAUGUCAGAACAACCUGCCUAGUACAACAGAGCUUUUAAUAACUAAAGGCAAUGCCAACUACCAGAUGAGGCACGCGCCCAGCGGCAAAGUGCCACUACACGACGCCGCUCAGAGAGGACACAUAGAAUGUGUGAAGGUUCUACUAAAGCUUAAGGCGCCAUCUCGACCCAGAACUUUAACAGACGACACCCCUGCAGAUUUGGCAAAACAAUGCGGACAUAACGAAUGUUACCACUUCUUGAAAAAUUACCAACCUGAGCAACCAAAAACGUCUAAAAGUCAAUGGUACCAUGGCACACUGAACCGCGAAGAAGCAGUGAAGACACUCCAAGAGUAUUGUAAAACACACAGCUUGGAAGGAAAGAUCUCCGACGGUCUGUUCUUAGUGAGGUACAGCGAAAGGCAUAACAGCGCUUAUGUGCUCACAAUGCUGAGCGAAAAUACACCUUACAACUUUAUUAUUAGGCAAGAGCAUAACUGGAUGUUCAUAGAUAAUGGACCAUACCUAGAAUGUCUUGAAAGGUUGAUAGAGCAUUACAGUUCUGUACCAGAUGGUCUGCCUACAGUAUUAACCACUCCUGUCCCACCUAAACCCAAACCACCGUUACCUGAGUUUUCCACAAUGCCACGUACCAAAAAGUUAUCAGCCAGCCGAGCCAAUAUGAACCAAUCACUGUCGUUAGUGAAACAUGACAUCCUGAACGACAAACAGGCACCCAUAUUAAACAACAACAACAUGUUUGAUCUCUUUACAAGAAAUCUAUCAUUCUCGUCCGACUUCAGAAAUGAUAGUAUGAAUAACAAUGAUGAUAUGCCUGAAGAUAAUGAUACGUAUAAAGUACCAGCUAAUAACAGUGCAAUAGUAACGUUGGCUGAAAACUAUAAUGAAAUAUCUGUAAAUGCUGAUGGCCAACUAUCUACACUUCAAGAAUUUAUCCCUAUGUCGGAGUUGACGUUGGGUGCGGUGCUGGGCGAAGGCGAGUUCGGGUCGGUGCUCCGCGCCACGUACUCGCCGCCCGACCAGCCCGCGCAACAGGUCGCCGUCAAGACCCUGCACAUGCAGCACACUGACACCAACAAGGAGGAGUUCCUCUCCGAAGCCAAGGUCAUGAUGUCUGUUAGACACACGUGCAUUGUCAGGCUCAUUGGUGUGUCUUUGGGUCCUCCGUUAGCAAUGAUUCAAGAGUUAGUGCCCUUAGGAUCUUUACUAGAAUUCCUUGUGCGCCAUCCAGAGAAAGCUUCCCCCGGGUACGAACUGAGGCUGUGGGCGUGCCAAGUGGCGGCAGGAAUGCGAUAUUUGGAAAGGCUGCGUUUCGUUCAUCGCGAUUUAGCCGCUAGAAAUAUUCUACUUGCUAGCAGACAUCAAGCUAAAAUUAGCGACUUCGGUCUAUCUCGAGCUUUAUCAACGGACAGUUCAUACUACAGGGCUAGUCAAGGCGGCAAGUGGCCGAUCAAGUGGUAUGCUCCUGAAUCUUACAACUAUGGAACAUUCAGUCACGCUAGUGAUGUGUGGAGCUACGGUGUAACGUUGUGGGAAAUGUUCUCUUACGGCAAACAGCCAUAUGGAGAUAUGAGAGGAAUCGAGGCUAUACAAAUAGUAGAAAGUGGCAAGCGCCUGGAUAUACCGGAGAAUUGUCCACAAGAAAUCUACCAAGUUAUGCUCGACUGUUGGGCGUAUAACCCAGAUGCAAGACCAUCAUUCAGCCAACUAGUAGACGUGUUCUCGCAUCAUCCAGACUAUGUGAACAUUAGCCAACUGGCCUUAGAAAACGAAGAUGCUACCGUAGAUGUGUAA